AUGGCCAGAACCAAGCAGACAGCCCGUAAGUCCACCGGCGGGAAAGCUCCCCGCAAGCAGCUGGCCACUAAGGCCGCCAGGAAGAGCGCCCCCGCCACUGGCGGAGUCAAGAAGCCUCACCGCUACCGGCCCGGGACCGUCGCUCUCCGGGAGAUCCGGCGCUACCAGAAGUCCACCGAGCUUCUCAUCCGGAAGCUGCCCUUCCAGCGCCUGGUGAGAGAGAUCGCCCAGGACUUCAAGACCGACCUUCGCUUCCAGAGCUCGGCCGUCAUGGCCCUGCAGGAGGCCAGCGAGGCUUACCUGGUCGGGCUCUUCGAGGACACCAACCUCUGCGCCAUCCACGCCAAGCGGGUCACCAUCAUGCCCAAGGAUAUCCAGCUGGCCCGCAGGAUCCGAGGGGAGAGGGCUUAGAUCUGCGCCCCGCACCCAACAAAGGCUCUUCUCAGAGCCACCACCUCCUCCAGAGACGAGCUCCA